AUGCCGGCCGUCGAAGCAACCCCCGUUUCAUCGUCUGAGCCCGGUCUUAUCAAGAUGGAAGACCGGAAGAGACCUGCCGGUCAUGAUCAGAAUGAUGCUGCGCCUCCGUCGAAAAGACAGGCUACUUCAGUCAAUGGGAAUAAACCCCAUCCGGAUGCAGAUAUGCCAUGGAAGGAUGACUUGGAGCGUUUCACAAAAGAUGCCAUAUGGCGCCAAAUGCAAGAGUAUAAACGGGAAAAAGUCACAUUGGAAUCCAAGGUCAAAGAAUUGACGAAAGCCGCCACAUUUCAUCAGGACCAUUUGCGAAUCAUAGAUGCGUGGUUCAAACAAUUGAUCGACGAAGUUAAGAUCUUGUUCGGAGAUGUCGAUAUGCAAGACCAUCCAUCUUUUCAAACUUCGCUCUUAUUCGAUGAUAAUGAAAAUUUCAAGAAACACCUGCAGAAUCGAUCCGAUGACAUAAAAGACACCCUCUCCAAGCUAAUUGGUAAUGCGCCGAAGACUACUCCAGAUGUGUCGGAAUUACAGAGCCGAUUGACAAAGAAAUUGGCCGAAGAAAAAGUCACUAUCAUUGACCUUGAAAAGGCUUUAUCUGAAAGACAGCAAUUUGAGGAACAGCUGGAAGCAGCUUCAUUUCGGUAUAUGAUGGCUGAGAAGAAACUUGAUAGAGCGAGGAGUAUGACAGUUGCCAAGUUGGAAAAACAAUAUAUUCUUGGUGCGCAACGACCUGGGGGUGAUGGAUCGUCGUCUGCCAAUCGGGAAGAAACUACUACGCCAGUUAACGGCAGCACGCCUACCGCUGAAAAAAAUACCGACCUGGAAGAAUCUUACAACAAAGUUUUGGCUUCGUCUCGGAAGCAGCGAGAACAACUAGAAGCCCUUGAGGCGGAGAACGCGAAACUGACGAGUGAAAUAACUGCUUUGAGUGUAAAGAACUCAAAACUUACUGAUGACGACUAUGCGCACACGGACCUUUUCAAGCAACUCAAAUCUCAGUACGAGGAUGUGAUUAAACGUGUCAAUCAUCUCGAGGCGUUGAAUGUUCAAUUGAGGGAAGAGGCUGGAAAGUUGCAAGCCGAAAGGGCGGCCUAUCGAAAUACUUUGGAUACUGAAAAACAGAAGGAAAUUGAAGAGAAGGACGCCCAACUGCAAAAGGCCGAAGCCGAUCUCGCAAGAAUUCGCAAUGCCCGCGACGAACUACUUGCUGAUCAGCAAAUGAGAAAAGCCGCUCAGGAUCAAGAAAUGACAGCGGCAAAUAAGACACAAGAGUUGGCGGCGGCGAGAGAGUCCCAAAUCGAAGCUCUUGAAUCGGAAUUGGAAAGAUUACGCAUCAAAGUCGAGGGAUUAAAAGACGAUAAUUCCGAACCCAUUGAAGAGCUUUCUGUAGAGGACUUGCGGGCGAAGUAUCAGAGCAUGGACCGCCAAUAUGCAAUGCUCAAUAAAGAGUUGGCUUCAAUGCAAACUGUGUGCAAGAAAUACUCAAGCUUGGCGUCACAGAAGGUUGCCGAAUUCAGUGCCCUUGAAGAGAAGGUUCAGCGACUGGUUGCAGAAAAAUCGAAAGCGGAUCAGAAGUAUUUUGCUGCCAUGAAAAGCAAAGAAGCACGUGAUGCUGAGGUGCGCACUUUGAGGUUACAGAAUCUUAAAAGUUCGGAUAUCAUUUCCCAACUUAAAGAUGCCGAGUCCGCCACUCGUUCACUCGUUGCAAAUCUUGAAAAGCAAAUCGCAGAAGGGAAAGAAGCCCUCAACUCUACUUCCAACAAGUAUCGCGCCUCACAACAACAAAACAACGAGAGUACCGUUAUCAUAGACGGUCUUAAAGCGCAGGUCGCCGAACUCAAAUCGCUAAUGACAGCAAAGGAUAGCACGGUAGCUACCGUGUCAGCUACUUGUAGGAAAGCCGAGGCGGAGGUAGAAAGCCUCAAAUCGACCCUCUCCGACACGAAGAAGAGCCUCGAGAAUUGGAAGACGAAGUCUCUGGGUAAUUCCUCGUCUGAAUAUGAAAUGCUGCGGGUAGGUUUAUGUUUCCAAAUGCUCUUUGUGGCAGCAUUAGCUAACGGACAACAUAGUCGCUUGCCCUUUGCACAGUGUGCCGACGCAAUUUCAAGAAUACAGCCAUCAAAACGUGUGGACAUGUCUUCUGUAAAGAAUGUGUGGAAGAACGGCAAGUCUCGCGGUCACGAAAAUGUCCGAAUUGCAACAAAUCAUUUGGAAGCAAUGACUACAUGCAUGUGA